GCCCCUUCCGAGGAGACGGGUGACUGCUGAGCUGUGAAUUAUGGCUCCCUUUUUACGAAUAUCAUUCAACUCUUUUGAGCUAGGACCAAUCCAGAAUCAGGGAGACCAACUACAGCCUUUCUGUGCAAUAAAAAUGAAAGAGGCUUUGACUACAGAGAGAGGAAAAACUUUGAUUCAGAAGAAGCCCACUAUGUACCCUGAUUGGAAAACGUCCUUUGAUGCCCACAUCUAUGAAGGACGUGUGAUUCAGAUUGUUCUCAUGAAGGCCGCAGAAGAGCCACUGUCUGAAGUGACUGUAGGUGUAUCUGUUUUGGCUGAAAGAUGUAAGAAAGGCAAUGGAAAAGCAGAGUUUUGGCUUGAUUUACAACCUCAAGGAAAAGUACUCAUGACUGUACAAUAUUUUCUAGAAGAUGGCGACGCUAUGCAAUCAAUAAGAGAAGAUGAAGGAACUGUGACUAUAAAUAGAAGAGGAGCAAUUAAACAGGCAAAGAUUCACUAUAUUAAAAAUCAUGAGUUCAUCGCCACUUUUUUUGGACAACCUACAUUUUGCUCUGUCUGCAAAGAGUUUGUCUGGGGGCUAAAUAAGCAAGGAUACAAAUGUAGACAAUGUAAUGCUGCUAUUCACAAAAAGUGCAUUGAUAAAAUCAUUGGGAGAUGUACUGGAACCGCAGCAAACAGUAGAGAUACAGUGUUUCAGAAAGAGCGCUUUCAUAUUGAUAUGCCUCACAGGUUCAAAGUUUAUAAUUAUAUGAGCCCUACUUUCUGCGACCAUUGCGGUAGUCUUCUCUGGGGAAUAGUAAAACAAGGAUUAAAAUGUGAAGAGUGUGGAAUGAAUGUGCACCAUAAAUGUCAAAAGAAAGUGGCAAAUCUAUGUGGAAUCAAUCAGAAAUUAUUGGCAGAAGCUUUAACUCAAGUUAGUCAGAAGUCUACCAGAAAAUCUGAUUCAGGGUCAGUAGAAAGUGUUGGGAUUUAUCAGGAUUUUGACAAGAAGCCUAAAGGCUUUCGUGUAGAUAUGACAGAUCAUUGUGAAUAUGAUAAGCUGUGGGAGGGAAGAUCAUCCUCACGACUAUCCAUUAGGAGAAAAUUCAAUAUAGAUAGUUUUGUAUUCCAUAAGGUUCUUGGAAAAGGAAGCUUUGGAAAGGUGCUACUAGCCGAGCUUAAGGGGAAGAAUGAAUUUUUUGCAGUAAAAGCUUUGAAAAAAGAUGUGGUACUUAUUGAUGAUGAUGUGGAGUGCACCAUGGUGGAAAAGCGGGUCUUGGCACUUGCAUGGGAAAACCCAUUUCUUACUCAUCUUUAUUGCACUUUUCAGACUAAGGAGCAUUUGUUUUUUGUUAUGGAGUUCCUCAAUGGUGGAGAUCUAAUGUUCCACAUACAGGACAAAGGUCGUUUUGAUCUUUUCAGAGCUACAUUUUAUGGUGCUGAAAUAGUGUGUGGCUUACAGUUUCUUCAUAGUAAAGGCAUUAUUUAUAGGGAUCUCAAAUUAGACAAUGUGAUGCUUGAUAAAGAAGGCCAUAUCAAAAUAGCUGACUUUGGGAUGUGUAAAGAAAAUGUAUUUGGAGAAAACAAGGCAACGACAUUCUGUGGUACUCCAGAUUAUAUAGCUCCUGAAAUCUUGCAAGGCUUGAAAUAUACAUAUUCUGUAGACUGGUGGUCAUUUGGAGUUUUGUUGUAUGAGAUGCUGAUUGGACAAUCUCCUUUCCAUGGUGAUGAUGAAGAUGAGUUAUUUGAAUCAAUACGAGUUGAUACUCCUCAUUACCCACGUUGGAUUACCAAGGAAUCCAAGGAUAUUCUGGAAAAGCUAUUUGAUAGAGAUCCAACAAAGCGUUUGGGAAUAACUGGAAAUAUCAAAGAUCAUCAUUUUUUCAAAGCAAUUAAUUGGACAGCACUGGAAAAGAGAGAGAUGGAACCUCCUUUCAAACCAAAAGUGAAAUCAGCAAGUGAUUAUAACAACUUUGACAGAGAAUUUUUGAGUGAGAAACCUCGAUUAUCUCACAGUGACAAAAACCUAAUAGAUUCUAUGGAUCAGUCUGCAUUUGCUGGUUUUUCAUUUAUCAACCCUAAAUUUGAGCAAAUUCUGGAGAAGUAAUUAUUAAUUAAAUCGAACUCUGAGAAACAGCCUAAAGAAAACUUUCCAGCUCUUCAUAUGGAAUGUGACUGAAAGACAUUCACCUCCUUGUGACCAACUGUGUAGUGAUAUAGUAAUACUUCUGCUAAUUCUUUAGCAACUGGCAGCAGCUUUGUCUUGCAAGGUUGAAGUAUCCUUGUGAAUUAUGUGUAUAUGAUUUUCUCUGCAGCUGGGAAAGUGUAGAUGUAUGUUUGUUGUUAUUUGAAUAUAGUUAUUUCUUUGGACUAUGUGUAUUGCGGGUAUGCUUUAUUUUGCUUAAGAGGGGAGAUAUUGAUUAUGAAGGUAUCUUUUAAAUACAGUGAGACCGCUAACACAUUAAUUCUCAUCAAGCAAAAUGGCUUGACAAUCUAUUCAAUGAAAUCUGGGCUUCAAAUAUUGGUAUUUUUGAUAAGUGCCAUCAGUUAAUACUGCCUCCUAUAACAUGUAUCCUUCCUUAAAAUUUUAUUUUCUUUUAGUUCCUGGAUAAAAUUUAUUAAAAAUCAUGAAAUAGAAUUUUUAAAAGUGCCCUUUUCUAGUUUGCUUCUGCAAUAUGUAAUUGUGUUCAUUGAUUAGAAUAAAAUAUUUGGUGGCAAAAUGCAAGUGUUUGGUGUAAAAAUACACACUUGCAAAUGGAUAACCAUCUGCAGUUGCUGGGAAUCAGGCAGUGUAUAAAUUUAAUAAAUAAAUAUACCCUGAAGUGUAUAUGUUUACUAACUUUAAUGCAUUGCAAGACUGAUAUUUCAGGUGAAACUAGCGUCUACAGUCGAAAAUUCACAUGAUGGAAGAAAUUCCAUAAAUCAGUCAAAGUUACUUCUGAGUAAACAGAUAUAUGCACCUUUUUCCAAAGAUACAGGACGAAAGAUGAUGAGGCAAAGAAAAUAAAUCUGGCAAAUGAACCUUGAGCUGAUUUGAGAACAAUUGAAGUAUUAUUUUGAUUUUGGAAUAGAGAAGAAAUGAACAAUCCCGAAGCACACAACUUUGUUUUGCAGGUGCAUUUUAGCAAAAAAAAAAAAAAUGCAAAUAAUUACAUUAAGCUUCUGUGAGGCAAAAUGUGUAUUUCUUGGAAACCCCUUGCUGUGUGCAGAGACUGAAUAAGUUUAGACUCAUGAGUACUUUGAAUUUAUUGGACAUGACCUACAAGUAACACCUACCAAUUGGAAAAGGUUGUCCAUUAGUGUAGGCCAAUGUAAGUUGUGUUGUCACUUAAGAAUCCUUGAUGAGAUUGUUAUCUGGUUUCUGUAGGAAUAUUUAAAUGUGCAGUUUGUUAUGACAAGCUAAGGUUGUUGUUUUUUUUACUUUAUAACAAAAUGUUUUUAGUAGAGACAAUGGUAACAUGUAUAGAACAGCAUUGAAACUUGAAGACUGAGAAUUGUUUGUUAUUCUUGAACGACUUGAUGACACUUAAAAUGUAAAUAAAGAACUGUGUUCUGUUGUUCUCCCACUUCACCUGA